GUGAUGACUGUGUACCCAACUCCCAGCCCUGGCAAGUCUACCUUACUUCUAAUGGGAAACCCUGGUGUGGAGGAUCUCUGAUUAAUGAAAGAUGGGUUGUUUCUGCCGCUCACUGCAAGAUGCCAGCUUCUAAUCUUACUGUCCACCUGGGAGAGCACAAUGUGAAUGUUGAAGAAAGCACAGAGCAAAGGAUCGGUGUAGAGAAGGUGAUUCCACACCCAGACUUUAAUAAUCAUACAUAUAACAAUGAUUUCAUGCUGAUCAAGCUGAAAGAGCCUGCCAUCUUUAAUGAGUUUGUAAAGCCAAUCCCUCUGGCGACCAGAUGCUCUUGUGCAGGGGAGCAGUGCUUGGUUUCUGGAUGGGGCUUCACUGAAGAUGGAAAUCCUUCUGUGCUGCAGUGUCUGGAAUUGCCUGUACUGUCAAAGGAACAGUGUGUGCGUGCAUAUGAUAGUAAAAUAACUGAAAACAUGUUCUGUGCUGGAUUCAUGAAAGGAGGCAAAGACUCAUGUCAGGGUGACUCUGGCGGUCCAUUAGUGUGUAAUGGGGAACUGCGAGGAGUUGUUUCCUGGGGUAUAGACUGUGCUAAAGAAGGCUAUCCUGGGGGUUUAUGUUGAGGUGUGCUGCUACACUGCCUGGACCAAAAAUAUCAUAGAUAACAAUUAACUGUUUGUUCAGCCUGGCUAACAGGAACAUUUUCAUUUUAUCUUCUAAAAUAUCUGCAAUUAAAUUUAGCUUGAAACA